AUGGCAUCUAAGUCAAAUAACAGGGUGGAAAAUGACGAAAAGUAUCAUUCACAGCCACUCUGUUUAACCAUGGGGAAGACACCAAGAAGAGUGAAGGUUUAUUUAUUAAAAGGAGAAGAUUGGUUGGAUAAUGGAACUGGUUAUUGCAUUGGAGAGAUUGAAAGUGAAACAAACAAACCGUACUUUAUAGUGCGGAAUGAAGCGGAUUCAGAUGAUAUAAUAUUAAAGUCAUACCUUGAAGGGUCUAUUCAGUAUCAACGUCAGCAAGAAACAUUGAUUGUGUGGACAGAUUUGAAAGGCAAAGAUUUAGCAUUAUCAUUCCAAGAGACUGAAGGUUGUGCAGAUUUAUGUGAAUUUAUCAUAAAGGUACAACAAGAGAACUAUAGCCCUGAAAUAUCGUUAUACUACGUGAUACCAAAUAAUAAUAUUGUGGACGAUGAAAAUUAUCUGCAAAGUGGUGGUAACGAUAUAACCGAAUUGAUCACAGGUCCUAUUAAUUACCCCGAGGACCCUACUACUGAUAACCUUGAAGCCACUUUGGAGAUCAUAAAUCAGGGUUCUAAUUCACAAUAUACUAGGACAUGCAUACUGAACUUCGUGACAGAAAAGCAAUACUUGUUAAAAUUAAUCGAAGUAUUUAAGAAAUCUGAAGAGUCCAAAAACUUGAUUAAUUUAUACACAUUAAGUGAAAUAGUAAAGACUUUGAUAUUAUAUAAUGAAGCUCCAUUGAUUGAUGACUUUUUGUCGAGCGAAGAAAAGAUAUUAGGCCUCGUGGGAAUAUUAGAGUAUUGCCAUGAGUAUCCUAAUUUCAAGGCCUGUCAUAGAGAUUUUCUAAAGGAUAAAUCUAAAUUUAAGAUUGUUGUUGAUAUUCCAGUAAAUGAUGAUGCUGGUAAGCUAAAUAUGUUUAAAAAGAAUUUUCAUUUAAACUUUUUAAAGGACGUUGUUCUUGCAAGGUUCUUGGACGAUCAAACAUUUAAUUUAAUAUCGUCUCUAAUAUAUUUUAAUCAAGUUGAAAUAAUCAAAUUCUUGCAGGAUUCAAGGAAUAAUGACAACUUUCUAGAAAAGUUAUUCAAAAUUUACGAACAAGAUGUUAAUAUAGAAAUGAAGCGAGAUGGGGUAAAGAUGUUGCACCAGUAUAUAUUAAUUGCGAAAUCUUUACAAUCUUAUCAAUCUGAAUUCUUUUCAACGUUAGUGAAGUCUGGAUUAUUCAGCAUGAUUCGUUUUGCAUUACAGGAUACUGAAAAUACGAUUAGGGUAUUAGGAACUGAACUUAUAGUUGUAAUUAUUGAACAAGACGUGUCUCUUGUCAGUUCUAUUGAUAAGGAUGAGACAAUAGAUAACAGUGACCCACCUAAUAUUUCAAACGAUGAUAUUAACAUUGACCAUGAUGAAACCAUAAUAGAGUCAAAACCAUUGAAGUUGAAUUUAUCCGAUGAUAUGACAUUAAUAUUAAUUCUAUCGAAAUUAUUGGUCGAAGAUAAAAAUUCAGGCUUGAAAAUGCAAGCAUUUGAAGCAUUGAGGAUUUUGCUUGAUUCAAAUAUAGCGAGAAAUGCAGCUAAUGGUAAUAGCGAUUUUGAUCAUUUAAAGAAUGAAUUCAAUUCCUCGAACAAACUGCAACAUGAUGAAGGUAUUUCCAAUACGUCCGAUGAAUGUACAGAUAUCAAUACAAAUAAUUACUUUAAGGCUUUCUAUUCUCAAGCUGCCCCAAGUUUGUUUGGGAACUUGAUUGAUCUAGCGAAAGAGGAUACGAAUAAUGAAGAUAUAAUAAGGAAAAUAUCAGGAGAUGAACUUCUCUGUCAACAUCUUUGUGACUUGAUAAUAACUUGUACCAAAGAACAUGAGACACAUAUUUCCAGACCAUUUUUCUUAGAGAAUAACAUAUUAUUGGGCGUUGCUAAGAUACUUGCAAUCAAUACCAAGACAACCUUAAAGCUAAGUGCGAUUAGAUGUUUAAAAAGUAUCAUUUUGUUAAAUGAUAAUUUCUAUUCUCGGUAUUUUGUCAGUAAUGAUGUUUUGUCGUAUUUCAUGGGGUUUUUCGAGACCGUUUCCCAUCAAGAUAAUUUGGCCAAUUCGGCAUGUUUGGAUUUUCUAGAAGUAAUCUUAAAGAAUUGUGAUGCUACAAUAAAUCAUGGAAAAAGACAAAAUUUCAAACUUUAUGUUACACAUCUUUAUAAGAAUUAUAAAACGUUCUUCCAAAAUGAAAUUAAUUAUGUCACAUUAGGUACUGAUCUUAUUCAUAUAGUCGAAAGUGGUUUCUAUGAUAAUAACGAUGUCAAGAAUACGUCAAGAGCUGACACGAGCUUCAAUUCUGACGAUGAAUAUUUAAACAGACACAAUGCGUCAACCCCAAUAAAGUAUGAUGACGAUGAAUACAAAAUUGAGAAUAGACCAACUAAUGGAUCAUCUAAACCUAAUAAUUUGUUUGAAGAUAUCGAAAAGGACAUGGAAAGUAACAUGAUAGGCAAUGGAGAGAAACGGCUCCGUGAGAAUGAUGAAGAAGAUGGAGAAAAUGCUUCUGUUCUACAGGAAAACGACAAUAGUUCUGCUUCCAGUAGUACAUUAGGAUUGGCAGAUAUGGAACCAGGUAGAGGCAAGAAAAAGUUGUCUACUAGCAUAAGAAAGAAAUUUUCCAAUGCUGGCAAAGAAAUAGCCUUAAGAUUGAGAUCUACCAGUACUAAUACUAAUAAUAACAACAGUAAUAUAUAA